CCCUCCUUCACUACCAACUCUUUACUACCUUUUCGCCACUAUCUCUGCUCACCACUACUGUCCUACCUUUGCCCUACUAACCCUUCCACUACAUCUCCUAUUUGCAUCGAAUGCUUGCACGCCCUCGAAGAUCCCAGACCCCACUAUGGAGCAAGACAACAUCUACCACCAGUCCCUCCUCCCGGCUCCGACUGGCGGCGCAGAUGAAGGACCCAAUGGAGCCAUUAUCAACGUGGGCCAGGCAAAGCGCCCCAAGAGCAAGGUCGCCUGUAAUGACUGCCGCGUGAAGAAGGCCAAGUGUGACGCCGAACGCCCCCGCUGUGCGCGCUGUGUAAGUCAUGGGUUGCCAUGCGGGUAUAUCUCCAAUGAUCAAGAAGAGACGGCAGGCGAGGCCAUGAAGCGGCAAUAUGAAGAUCUAAAGAGGACUACCAGCGUAUAUCAAGAGAUAGUGACCCACCUGUCUACUUCAAACGACGUUACCGGAACUACUCGACGCCAACUGCAGUCGGUUUCGGACCCUGCAGCACUUCUUCAAACACUUCGCGGACAGCCGGAAGCGAGCUCAUCCAUGGGAAUGCUUCCCGGUAUCCAGUCGUAUGCCGAGUUCAAUCUGGCUGUCAACCAUCCCACGUCUUUUCCGCUCUUGGGCAGGUCCGCCGACAUGAGCAUUGCACAGCAUCCUCCUACCAAUCUCCCAGGAGAGCGAUCUACAGCUGGCAAUGCAAUUGCUGGGACUAGCUCAACACCACAAAACACCCUCCCAGAGAGCAGCAAAGGGAAGGGAGCUGCACCGCCCGGCGAUGGGCGGCCCGGUGGCCAGCCCCUGCAGCCUACGAACGCGCUGAUCCCGCCGUACUCGUCCUCGCUCAGUGAGAGUGUCCCGAUCUGCGAUGAGAGACUUGCUCAGCUCGACAUCCGUUACUGGACGCGCGUACCCAUCUCGAACCAAGACGCUGCUAAGGUCAUCUCAUUGUACCUCCAGAACGAUCAGCCGAUUCUCGGUCUAUUCGAUGCAGACCUGUUCCUUUCCGACCUCAUCGCCAAGAAGUUUGAGUUCUGCUCACCUUUCCUGGUCAGCAGCCUGCUUGCGUGGGCUUGUCAAGGAUACACAGCCUUCGAUGUAGCCUUCAGUGAGACGAGUGAGAAGUUCUUCGUUGAAGCGCACACGAUGUACCGAGGAGAAAAAGCUACAGAUCGGCUGACGACAGUUGCUGCGCUUUAUCUUCUUUGUGUGGCAUGUAUUGCGCGAGGUCGACCUGAGCACGCAGCUCGAUUCAAGGAGAACGCCCGCGGGAUGGCCACGAGGUUGAAGCUCAUAAACGUUGAAGGUCCCCUGCCCCCUCUUAUGGACCUCGGCCUCUCUCCAGAGCUGCAGCGCGCAACGGCACACGCAGCAUGGGGAGCAUUCAAUUACGAGACGCUUUGUGUCUUAGCUGGACUUAGUACUCCAAUCGAAUUCGCUCCCAGGUUCCCGAUUCCCGGUGUCCCAGACAACAGCGACUGGCAUGUGCAUCCUGCGCCUUCAUACAUGGGGGCUACCUUCGUCGCUUUUUGCCAGUUCUGGAAGGUAGCAUCCGAGGUAUUCCUCUUCUACCGCUUCAUCGACAUGGAGUCUACCUCGGAGCGGCCGCCGUUGGCCUUUGCCCACGCCAAGUUUCAGCUGCUGCUGUCGAUGACUGGCCGGCUCCCUCGUGUAAUGGACAGGCGAGAGGAUACUCCCGGCCAUGCUCUUAUCUUCCAGAUCUUUUUCCACUCCUUCAUCCUGGAUCUCUUCCGACCCUUUCAUGGCCAGAGCACCGACAUCGACCAAACCUCUGCAGGCGCCCCAGACGCCAUAGUAUCAGCCUCUGUCAAGCAACUUAAGCUGCUUAUCAUCCACUAUCGCGCAAAUCAGCAGUCGGCAGCUAGUUGCAUCUGGUGGAACAUAGCUCUGGGCUACGUCGCUAAUGCGGUGGUCAAAGACAAGGAAGAUCCGGACAGAUACUUCUAUUUCACGCUGGCGAUCCAGUGCUUCCAGGACCAGUACCGGGCGUUCCGCUAUGCAGAGCCCACCACCUUAGGUCUUUUGGCACUCGGUGUGGAGGCGGACCUCAUUUCCAUCUCGGAAGCAAAGCGGAUCAAGGCACAGCUGGAGGAGAAGGGUAAGCACCACCAGGUGUUGGAGCAGGCCAAGGCUGCUUUCUGGGUGGAUCUGGACCUUGCAGUUACAGCUCCUGAGCAGGCGCAAGUAGACAGUGUGGCUCGGAGGUUGGAGGAGUUAACAAUCUUUAAUGAUUUGGUGGAUAUUUAG